AUGAAAACUAUUGAUGAUAUAGUAUUCGAUGCCAAUUAUUCACAUGCGACCGAUCAAUUUCUAUUGCUUUAUGAUCAUAAUACAAAUCGAAUUGGUCCUUCACCAGUUGUUGAAUUGUCCAAUGCAUUACUUAUGACAUUUGUACACGUUUUUCGUAACUUUAUUCGAUGUCAACAAUAUGUAAGAGAUAAUAAUCAAAAACUGAUAACAUUAUUUAUCUCUAAUAGAAAUAUUAUUGAUUGGAAUAAUCAAUUCGAUGAAAAUGAUCAUAAUAUAGAUAAAAUACAUAUUUUUUGUGAUACAUAUUUUGAUUACAUAAAAAUGAAACGAUGGGAUGGAUGUUAUAAAACUAAAAUUCGAGAUGUUUGUUUACCCGAUGACAUUGAUAUUAAAUUAAUGAAAUUAGGUGUCGAUUAUAUACAUUCAAUACUGCCAGAAUUUAAACAAGAUCGAGGAUUAUAUAACAAAUUUUGUGCAGAUGCAAGACGAUUACUUGGUGCAAUAGAUCAAUUUUUCCAAAUUCAAAUGGAUAAUUUAGAUGAAAGUUGCAGUGAAUCAAAAUUCUAG